AUGUCGGGCGGUUUCUCUUUAUCCGAUGCGUUGCCCGCCAACAACAACCCCAACCCCUCGGCGCCCCCGGCCCAAGGCUGGCCCUGGGGGAUGCAGCCGCCGGCUCCUGGGGCAUUCCCAGCCUACCCCGGCCCUCCUGGGACCUUUCCACCAGCGGCACCAGGGAUGUAUCCCGGAGUGCCGGGAGCGUACCCAGGAGGAGCAGGACCAUACCCAGGAGCACCCGGAGCAUUCCCUGCAGCGGCAGCAGGACCAGGGGCAUAUCCUGCCCCGGGACAGCCGCUCAGCGGCCCUGGAUUUGGGACCCCUCAUCCGCAGGGGGGACCGGCUCCUCCCAUGAAAGUCCCCUUCGAGCUGCCCCUGCAGGCAGGACUCGUCCCUCGGCUGCUCAUAACCAUCACGGGGACCGUCAACCCCAACGCAAACAGGUUUUCUCUGGAUUUCAAGAAAGGGAGCGACAUUGCCUUCCACUUCAAUCCCCGCUUCAGGGAAGACAACAAGAAAGUCAUCGUCUGUAACUCCAUGUUCGGGAGUAACUGGGGAAGGGAGGAGAGGACAGCUCCCAGGUUUCCGUUUGAAGCCGGAAAACCCUUCAAGCUCCAGAUCCUUUGCGAGGUGGAUCACUUCAAGGUGGCGGUGAACGAUGCUCACUUGCUGCAGUACAGCUUUCGGGAGAAGAAGCUGAACGAGAUCACCAAGCUGUGCAUUGCUGGGGACAUCACCCUCACCAGCGUCGUGCCCACCAUGAUCUGA